GCCCGCGGAGGGAGGAAGGAAGGAAGGAAGGCAGGCUGGAAGGAAGGAAGCGAGGAAAGAAAGAAGGGAAGAAAGGCCGGCGAGAAGGAAGGCGGGCGGCGGGCCGCGCGGCGGGCGGGCGAGGCGGCGGAGCGGCCCCCCGAGCCCCCCGGGCCCCCCGAGCCCCCCGCGGCCGCUGCGGACGCCCCCUCCCCAUCCCGGAGCCGGGGAGGGGGGAGCGAGAGACCCCGCCGGCCGCGCCCCGCCCCCCGCGCCUCCCGCAGCGGCCGCGCGCCCCGAUCCCCGAGCCUCCUGGGGGGGUCCCCCCCCGCGGCCGGGCAUGCUGCCCCCCGAAGGAGCCCCUCUCCUCGCUCCCCCCGGCGCCCCCGCGGAGCAUGAACAUUGAGGAUGGCGUGCGCCCGCGGCUCCCCGUGCCCCCCGCUGCCGCCCGGUAGGAUGUCCUGGCCCCACGGGGCCCUGCUCUUCCUCUGGCUCUUCUCCCCGCCCCUGGGGGCCGGCGGGGGCGGCGUGGCCGUGACCUCAGCCGCCGGAGGGGGCUCCCCGCCGGCCACCUCCUGCCCCGCGGCCUGCUCCUGCAGCAACCAGGCCAGCCGGGUGAUCUGCACGCGGAGAGAGCUGGCGGAGGUGCCUGCCAGCAUCCCCGUCAACACGCGGUACCUGAACCUUCAGGAGAACAGCAUCCAGGUGAUCCGGACGGACACCUUCAAGCACCUCCGGCACCUGGAGAUCCUGCAGCUGAGCAAGAACCUGGUGCGCAAGAUCGAGGUGGGCGCCUUCAACGGGCUGCCCAGCCUCAACACGCUGGAGCUGUUCGACAACCGGCUGACCACGGUGCCCACGCAGGCCUUCGAGUACCUGUCCAAACUGCGGGAGCUGUGGCUGCGCAACAACCCCAUCGAGAGCAUCCCCUCCUACGCCUUCAACCGCGUGCCCUCGCUGCGGCGCCUCGACCUGGGCGAGCUCAAGCGGCUGGAGUACAUCUCGGAGGCGGCCUUCGAGGGCCUCGUCAACCUGCGCUACCUCAACCUGGGCAUGUGCAACCUCAAGGAUAUCCCCAACCUGACCGCCCUCGUGCGCCUGGAGGAGCUGGAGCUGUCGGGGAACCGGCUGGACCUGAUCCGCCCGGGCUCCUUCCAGGGCCUCACCAGCCUGCGAAAGCUGUGGCUGAUGCACGCCCAGGUGGCCACCAUCGAGCGCAACGCCUUCGACGACCUCAAGUCGCUGGAGGAGCUCAACCUGUCCCACAACAACCUGAUGUCGCUGCCCCACGACCUCUUCACGCCCCUGCACCGCCUGGAGCGCGUCCACCUCAACCAUAACCCCUGGCACUGCAACUGCGACGUGCUCUGGCUGAGCUGGUGGCUCAAGGAGACGGUGCCCAGCAACACGACGUGCUGCGCCCGCUGCCACGCACCCGCCGGCCUCAAGGGCCGCUACAUCGGCGAGCUGGACCAGUCGCAUUUCACCUGCUAUGCGCCCGUCAUCGUGGAGCCGCCCACGGACCUCAACGUCACUGAGGGCAUGGCCGCCGAGCUCAAGUGCCGCACGGGCACCUCCAUGACCUCCGUCAACUGGCUGACGCCCAACGGCACCCUCAUGACCCACGGCUCCUACCGCGUGCGCAUCUCCGUCCUGCACGACGGCACGCUCAACUUCACCAACGUCACCGUGCAGGAUACGGGCCAGUACACGUGCAUGGUGACGAACUCGGCCGGCAACACCACCGCCUCCGCCACGCUCAACGUCUCGGCCGUGGACCCCGUGGCGGCCGGCGGGGCGGGCGGCCCAGGGGGUGGCCCUGGGGGCGGCAGCGGCGGCCCAGGGGGCAGCGGCGGCUACACCUACUUCACCACGGUGACCGUGGAGACCCUGGAGACGCAGCCCGGAGAGGAGGCCCUGCAGCCGCGGGGGACGGAGAAGGAGCCACCGGGGCCCACGACGGACGGUGUCUGGGGUGGGGGCCGGCCCGGGGAUGCGGCCGGCCCAGCCUCGUCGUCCACCACCGCGCCGGCCCCGCGCUCCUCGCGGCCCACGGAGAAGGCGUUCACGGUGCCCAUCACGGACGUGACGGAGAACGCCCUCAAGGACCUGGACGACGUCAUGAAGACCACCAAGAUCAUCAUCGGCUGCUUUGUGGCCAUCACGUUCAUGGCCGCCGUGAUGCUGGUGGCCUUCUACAAGCUGCGCAAGCAGCACCAGCUCCACAAGCACCACGGGCCCACGCGCACCGUGGAGAUCAUCAACGUGGAGGACGAGCUGCCCGCCGCCUCGGCCGUGUCCGUGGCCGCCGCCACCGCCGUGGCCGGCGGGGCAGGCGUGGGUGGGGACAGCCACCUGGCCCUGCCCGCCCUGGAGCGCGACCACCUCAACCACCACCACUACGUGGCGGCGGCCUUCAAGGCUCACUACAGCAGCAACCCCAGCGGCGGGAGCUGUGGGGGCAAGGGCCCGCCCGGCCUCAACUCCAUUCACGAACCUCUGCUCUUCAAGAGCGGCUCCAAGGAGAACGUGCAAGAGACGCAGAUCUGAAGCCACGGGCGGGGGGCUCGGGCCAGACCGGGACCCUCCCCGCAGCCCCGGCCCUGCUCUGGGGCGCACGGGGCAGCUGGGGCAGGCGGCUCCGAGCCCCAUCGCAUCUGGACCCCGGGCGGCUGCCCCAGCGAGGACAGGGUGGGGCUCCGUGGUUCCCGCCUCGCCCCCCAUCCCGGCGACGGGAGGGGAGGCAGGGUUCAGGAGAAGCCGGGAACCCUCUGCUGUUCCUCCGCGCUCUCCCCACCAACCGUUCCCGGCCCCCCGCCUUCCAGGGGAGAGAGGAGCUUUUUUGAGGGGCGGCCUUUCCCCUCACCCCUAACAAACCCCCUUUGACAGUUCAUUUUUUGCAGUUUGACGCCUGUCUCCCCUCCCCGAAACUGAAGAGACGGACACGUCAUCAGAGCCUCCGGACCCCCCGGCCCUGUCCCCGUGCUGAGUCCCCUCUGGCCGGGCCCCCGUGUGCUGGGGGGGGGGGGCUGCCUCCACCCACCCCCACCGCCACCCCAGCCCUCACCUGCCCCACAGACUCUUUUGAUACUGAAGGGAGGUUUGCGUCAACGACUACCUGCUCUGUAAUUACUUUAAAAAAAAAAAACACGGAAAAAGUAAAAAAAUAUUUUUUUGGGGUCAU